AUGAAAUCGCUGCUGCUGGGCGCGCUUCUGCUAAUAGCAGUCGCUGACACGGUUACUGGAACACAAGAUGGAAAAUACGCGGGUGUGCUGCCGUGGACUGUGACAGACCCGACCCCGUUCCCCUGGGAAGGCCUUACGGACGACCUGGACGCGCUGUUGAAGGUUCAGGCUCGAAACAACUCGGUGUCGGUGCUGGUUUUCAACGAGGGCUUCUACGCCGUCACGCUCAACUGCCUGGUGUCCAUGUACAAGUUUGCAAACCUGCAGAACAUCAUUGUCACCGCCGCCGGCGCCGGCAGCGUCGCGCGCUGCAAGCAGCUGCGGCUGCCGUGUUACGACGCGGCGCACCUCAUGAAGUCGUACGGCAGCCGCGCGGCCGACGCAGACACGCAGCGCAACAGCCCCGAGUGGUUCCAGCUGGUGUGGGUCAAGACGCUGAUCGCGCACUCCAUCAUCAAGAAAAACUACAACGUGCUGUUUGCCGAUGCGGACACCGUCUUUUUGAAGGAUGCCACCAGCGCGUACACGGCAAUGCUACGUGACAACAACGCAGACGGCAGUUUCAUGUUUGAAGAGGCCAACCAGGUGUGUGCGUGCGUUGGGGAAGGGGGGGAGGGUGCUGGGCGGAGUGCACAGCAGAUUCUAUCACAUGUGUGA